GGUUUCUCUCUCUUCAGUAUGCCAUCCCCACCCACUUACAGCUGAUGCGAUCAGCGUACGUUACAAUCAUUGUUAAUAUUUUGUAAGAAAGAAACGACGAGGAAGGACCUGUUAAAUCUAAAGAAUAUAUCGUCCGAUAUAAUACUGUCUUAUAGAUUCUGAUUAAUAGAUAAAAAUAAAGAAAGUGUUCAUUAAAAUUGUAACAGUGAUUGUGACGUGGAAGUGAAAACUGUUUUUCUCAGACUGUACCACAUAGAACACAAGGGGAAUCGAGAACACAAACGGGAGAAGGAAAUUUCUUAUUGAAAUAAAAGUUCAUUUUUCUCGUUUAUCUCUCUCUCUCUCUCUCUCUCUUUCUUUCUUUAUCAUUCACUAUUUCUCUUUCUCUCUCUCUGUCUCUCUCUGUCUCUCUGCAAAAAUAAUAAAUAUAUUAUUCAAUAAAUAAAAGUGACUGAGAGAUUGGAUUGACAUCCUGUAAGAGUACGCGGGUAUGGUAUAUUUGACGGGUCUUUGGGGUAUGGGAGAGACUGAAUCACAGUGCCAUAGCACCAGCGCUUCGCCAGUCUCUUCCUCGUUUCAGGACCAUGACGAAGAAGUUGCGUUGCAUCCUCUCAAGAAUCAGGUUGGUGGACAUACAAGGCUGCUGCUUCUCAACCAGAGUACAAUUUGUAAACCAUUGAACUGCAGGGAACUUGACUUCUAUCAAAACAUUCCACAAGAUAUACAAAUGUUUGUCCCAAAAUUCAAAGGUGUAAUGCAGGCCUCCAGUAGCGGUGAAGUUACAUUAGAUAAACGGUACAGUCCAAGUUUUAGAGAACAAGAUAAUAAUCGUCAAGGAAAGGGUUCGACUAAGAGGAAACGCGAUGACGUACUCAGGAUGAGAAUACAUCGUAGAAACAGUACUAUCGAUAUAUUAAAACCAGAAAUGCAUUUGGACAGCGCAUCGAACAGACAGUAUUUCCUAUUAUUGGAGAAUAUUACUUCUCAAUAUAAACAUCCGUGUAUACUCGAUUUAAAAAUGGGGACCAGACAACAUGGCGAUGAUGCCAGCGCAGAAAAGCGAAGUAAACAAAUAGCAAAAUGUGCCGCCAGUACGUCGGCUUCUUUGGGAGUACGAUUAUGUGGAAUGCAGGUAUAUCAAGUUGAUACGGAUCAUUAUAUAAAAAGAGACAAAUAUUGGGGCAGAGAAUUAAACGAGGAAGGUUUUAAAGCUGCCUUAUAUCGAUUCUUUCACAAUGGCUUUUGUUUACGAACAUUGGUUAUCGAAAGGGUGAUAUCUCGAUUAGAACUAUUGCGACGUGCUAUCGAAAGGCAAAGUAGCUAUCGGUUCUACUCGUGUUCGUUGCUUAUAGUGUACGAAGGAUAUCAAAUAGAGGAAUUCACAACGCACAGACAUGCAACAUCCCUUAGAGUCGAAGAGGAAUCGAAUGACUUGAGUUUCAUGGAAAAUACACCUGGUGGUUCGGAUACGUGUUACGACGCAGAUACGAGCAAUAAUUCAACGGACUAUAAUCUUUUAGCGCAUGAGGAAGUAAGCCAAGCAGCAUUGCACCGUGGUUUUGGUGAGGCUGCUGCCAGGGGUGCUAAAAAUACAACAGCGUUUUAUCCGGUUAACGAGGAAACCGUUUUUAUGGAUCCACCACCAAGUUUGAUCAAUACAGUAGUUCAAUCUCCGUCAUAUGACAAUUGGAUGUUGUAUAGUAGUAGCAGCGGUGAAGAUUAUUGUUUUGGUCAGCACAUAGCCGCCAAUUCGGAGGACACCAGUUCUGACAUUGAUAUUAGAAGUGAAUGCGCAUUGAAACGUAACAGGCACAAACAUCGUUUGCGUUCUUACGACGACGUAGAACAGGAUCAAGAUGAGUUGAAGCCAAGCGGCAUUUCGAAAAGAUUCCGUGUAAAAACUGAACAAACAACGACCUCCGUGCAAGAUGCGAUGGUAGAUGUAAGAAUAAUAGACUUUGCCCAUACCACCUUUGGACGGAGCAGUUUAGCUUUGGCAUGUAAUUCAAGCUCGAUGAUACACCAAGGUCCCGACUGUGGUUUUCUUACCGGUUUGGAUAGCCUAAAACGAUUGUUAAUGGAGAUAUUGACUGAAGGUUAACUACCUUGUCUUCUCUGGAACGAUGACUAUUAUCGUGACUACUAUAUAAACAAAUAAAUAAAUAAAUAAGAAUAUAUAUAUGUGUGUGUAUAUAUGUAUAUAUAUACACAUAUGUAUGCAUGUAUGUAUGUAUGUAUGUGUAUCAGAGAGAAUACGAAAUCUCUUUUAUCAAUAAAAAAAA